UGAAAUCAUCGCGUAUACAAAUUCUCUUGAUGAAGCAAACACCUGGGUUUAUCCCCAUUUUUUCUGGGUCUUUAAUUUUUUUACAAAAAAAAAAAAGAGAGAGAAAGAAAAAAAAGGCACUAACUUUUUUAUCAUGAUUGAAUUUUAAGGUGGGUACACUCAAUUUUAGCAAAAAAAUAAGAAAAAUUAAAACUUUACGGUGUCAGAUUUCUUCUUGAAGCAAACCCAAUUAAAAAAAAAGAAUUUUGUUGAUUUUAAGGGGCCCAACAUUUGUCAAGUUUUCAUCUUUUUUCUCUCUCAUAUCUGUUUUUUUUCACUUUGAUCAGAAUUUAAUAGAAGCUACUUCACAUGGGAUUUUGUACAAUUGAAAAAUAAAAAAGAGGAUCAGUGUUGAAAAUUGAAAAACCCCACUAUUUGGGAUUAGAACCUUUUUUUUUUGGUCGGUUGUAGCAUAAUUUCUCUUUUCUACCUUUUUUUUCCUAUUAUUUCUACAAAGUAAAAGUUGGGAUUUUUCAAUUGUUGGAAACAAUGAUUACACUCUGGAAUUUUUCUUUGAAGGUUAGAAUGUGGUUGUGAUUUUAGUGCUGUUUUUUUUUUUUCUUUUUGACAUAAAUUUGGGAAUGGAGGAGAUUUUAAGGAAUUUUCAAUGUUGAAUUUGUAGUGGGUUUAAUUUUUUAAUUACUUGUAAUUGGAGUGAUUUUGGGUUUAAAUGGUUUGAAUUUAUUGGGAAAAUUGUAAAAAAAAAAAAGGGUUUUUUUUAGGUUGAAAUCUUCUUUUGAGUGAUGAUUGAAGAACUGGGUUGUUUUGCAAGAUACCCAAUUGUGAAAGUUUGAAGUGCAUGAAAUUGUCAGAAAAAUUGGUCUUUUCUUCCAAGUGAAGAUCUGAUUGCCCAAUUUUGAGGGUUUGGCAUCUUUUUUUUUGUCAGUUGGGAAGUGUAAGAGUUGGAAAUUUUGAUUCUUGCUAUCACAAAAAAGGGUCUUUUUUUACCCUUUGUUCUUGACCCUCUUGAGAAGUACUUGAUAGAUUCUUUUUUUCUGGGAAUUUUCUGAUAGCUGGCUUGAGUCAGCUUUCCAAUUGUGGGGUUUGAUUGAAAUUGAGGAACUUUGUUAUUUCAGUGUGGAUAAGCAGGAGGUACUUGCUGUUGAGUGUUCACUAUGGCAAAGCGAUCAAGAAAACGAGUUGCUAGAUAUCAGAGGGAUCAGUCAGGUUGUAUGUGGGGUUUGAUUAGUAGGAAUAUCUUUGAUUUCCGCCAUGGUCGCUCCUCUCAGAAGAUGCUGCCAGAUAGGAAGCGCGGGAGCAGGCGAUUGGAUGGGGCUGCAAUUGCUAAUAUUAAGAUUGAGUCAUUAACCGAAUCAUGUGAAAUCUGUAAUGAUGUCAAUGGAUCGGUCGAAUGUGAAACAGCAGGAAGUGACAUUGGUAAAUUAAGUGUGAAAGAGUUGAUGGAGGAAGAGAUGCUUGGUGAGGAAGAUCAGAAAAGGCAAGAAAGCAUCUCCAAUGGAGAAGCGAAGCUGAAUACCACAGGUGAUGGAGGUCAUAUAAAGAAGAGUCGGCGAUGGAUGAAAAAUAAGACGUCCCUCGAUCUAGAUGCGAGUGGUUUUGUUGGAGCUGAGGAUUUGGUUUCUGAAAGGCUUAGUCACCGGAGGCACAAAUCCUGUGGUAGUGUUGACCUAAAUGUGAUUGUGGAGGAACUUUGUAGCAGGAUUCACCAGAAGGAUAAGAGUUCUCUGAAGAAUGGUCAAGAUGGUGAGCUUGCCAUCCAAUCCACUGAAGAUCCUUCUGUCAUAGAGAAAGAUUUAUGGGAGUCAACAAAGGUGUUAGUGAAUCAUUUCACUGAUGGAAAUGGCUGCACUAAAGAUGGUAAAAUCCAACCUUCAAAAGAACUCACGGACGCCCUUCAAGUUCUCAAUUCAAACAAAGAUUUGUUUCUGAAACUCUUACAGGAUCCGAGCUCACAGUUAGUGAAACACAUACAAAGCUCACGGGAUAUUCAAGUCGAGGAAGGAAAAUUCAAAGUUCUUACAGGGUCUGACAUGUUACAACAAGAUGUUGGGAAUGCUAAGCAACAUAACUUCUUUUGGAGGAAGAUUAAGGGUUCGGACAGAAAUUCAUUUAGGAAAAUUGAUGAUUCUGAAGAUGUAAGCAAAAUUGUUGUUCUAAAGCCGGGUCCACUAAGCUCGGGAGAUUCAGAUACGGGUACCGCUUGCAGUUCAUUGCCGGAAUCUCCUCGGAGCACAGGAGAUAAGGGUCAAACCGAGAGAGCAGCGUCUCCCUUUUCUUUUGCCGAGUUUAAGAGAAAACUGAAACAUGCCAUGAGAAAAGAGCAGCACGGAGUGUCACAUCAAUCUUCAGAUCAGCAGUGGAAUCAGUCCAAUCGAGACAAAAAAAUUGGUGGGGAAACAAUUGGAAUAGCUUCUCCUGGUAGAGACCAUUUCUUUAUUGAAAGGAUUCCUAAAACUUCAGUUGGAACCAGGGUGGACAAGACAGGAAAUCUGAAAGAUGACAAUCCUCUUACUCCUGAACAGAGGGUGUCCAACAUCUAUAUUGAAGCUAAGAAACAUCUUGCUGAGAUUGUAGGAAAUAGUGAAGUAGAUGGGGCUAAUCCUGGCAAAAAUAGACCCAGGUCCCUUGGCAGAAUUCUUGCCUAUUCGGGUUACAGUUCUCCUAUUUGCAGUCCUAGGACCGAGGGAGAGAUGAGAUUGUUGCCUAGCGGGGAAUGUCAAACUCGAACAGCUGGCGAGAAGACAACUCAGGGUAAGCAAGGAAGCAAUGUCAGUGAUCCAGGUCAAGGGAAGCAAGAGUCAGCAAGUGAUCCAUGCAUUGCUGCUGGCGAACCCUUCCAUGAACUUGAGGUUCCUGUCGUUGAACCUUGUAUCUCUGAUGGGCUUCCUCAGGAAUGUAAUAUUGAUGAGGCAUUUCAUGAAAAAACUGAAGUUCCUUCUUGUGAAGUUCCUGCAGACUCUGUGAGAUCAUCUAAUGCAGAAUCUGAGAAAGAGAUUGGCGGGAUGGAAAUUUCCUCUGAACAAUCCUCAGCACAGCUUGUCACAGAGAGCAAACUGAUGGAUAGUCCCUCAACAUGUUCCAACACCAGCUUAAAACAGGAAAUAUGUGAAGCGAAUGAACCAUCAUCUUCUUCAAAUGCAUCAACACUUAUUUGCAGAGUAACUGAAAACUUCGAAGAUCUAGAUACCAUGAGUGAUGCAACAAGCAAGCCUAGUCCCAUAUCAGUGCUCGAACCAUUAUUCCAAGAGGAUGACAUCAGCCCUCCUGGCAUUAAGUAUUCAAAUGAAUCUAUCCGGCCGAGACAAAUACAGUUUGGAGAAGAAAUUUCAGCAACUUUAGAACGAUUACCCAGCAAACGGACUAAAGUAGAUGAUGACAAAUAUACAAUUGAGUUUGUUAAAUCGGUGGUCCAAAUGUCUGGCUUGACUUGGGAUGAGCUUCUUAGGCGGUCACUUUUCUCGGACCAUCUUAUAGAUCCAUUGUUGCUUGAUGAAGUUGAUUUUCUUCCAGACCUGCUUUCUUGUGACUUCAAUGCUCUCUUUGAUCUAAUUAAUGAAGUCCUAAUUGAGAUCUGUUGGUUGAAUUUUGGCUGCAUGCUAUCACUCGCAACACCGUACGUACAACCCGAAUUGAAAGGGAAAGAUAUUUUUACUGAAAUAUGGAAAGGAGUUGACUGGUACUUAAAGCUGGAGGGCCCAUGUACACUAGACCAAAUUAUCACGAAGGACUUGAUAAAGAGUGUGAAAUGGACUGACUUGCAGCUUGAUUGCCAAAGCCUCGGGAUUCACCUGGAAGAGGUCAUUCUUGAAGAACUGAUGGAAGAGAUGAUAUUCAGCUGCGUUACUGAGAAAGUGGAGAGUGAAGUUUCAAUGCUCACACCAGCUUAAGUGAAGGAAAGUGAUUGACUUCCUUCUAGGGGUUCGGUUCGGAAUCUCAGGCAGGAAGACUUGUGCGACCCACGUAAAGUAGGAUGCAUAGCGAAACACAAAUCCGCCUGUGCUUCCUAACUUGUAACCAAGUAACAUAGGAAUGCUGGUUACAUACAAGUUCUUGGUAUAUGCUAUAGGUAGUGAAGAACUUCUCACUGUAAUAACUGACACAACGGGUUUCUUAGUCACGACAGGUUCUGGUUCGUUCACUGCUGGUUCAAUGCACUCGAAGACGUGGAAAUUUUUUUGAUUGUUUGAGAAGCUUUUAGGAUCUGAUGAGUGUAUUAGUAGUUUGAUAGAGGCAGGGUGUGCUGGUUUAUAUAGUUUGGUUUUGUACAUUUUUUUACUUGGGUGUCUUUUGGGAAGAUUGAUUUUUAGUCUCUUCCUUCACUUGAUUAUGUUAGGUCUAACGAGCGUAUGAAGCAGUGUAUGUGUAUCUAGAAAAUAAAGAUGAAAUGAGAUUCACACAUAUACAUA